GCUCGGCCCCGGCGUCUGAUUUCUGGGUGUCCCCGGUCGAGUCGGGCACCGCUGGGGUCUGGGGACUCAGAUUACCGCUUAGGCCCGACGUCGGACCGCGCUCUCGAUUUCUGCCGCGUCCGCCUCUUGGACGCAGAAUUCCCGUGGGGGCCCGUGAGGCUUGGAGGGUAGAAUAUUCAGGAUCCACAGUGAUGAUGACUGAAUGUUCGAGCCUUCAGUUUGUCAGCCCUUUCGCCUUUGAGGCGAUGCAGAAGGUGGAUGUUGUGCGCCUGGCUUCGCUCAGUGACCCAGAACUCAGGCUUCUCCUGCCCUGUUUGGUGCGGAUGGCGCUUUGCGCUCCUGCCGACCAGAGUCAAAGCUGGGCUCAAGAUAAAAAGCUUAUCCUCCGCCUUCUGUCUGGAGUGGAAGCCGUCAACUCCAUCGUGGCCUUGCUGUCCGUGGACUUCCACGCUUUAGAACAGGAUGCCAGCAAGGAACAGCAGCUUAGGCAUAAGCUCGGGGGAGGCAGUGGAGAGAGCAUCCUGGUGUCGCAGCUCCAGCACGGACUCACACUGGAGUUUGAACACAGCGACUCUCCUCGGCGCCUGCGGCUGGUGCUGAGUGAGCUGCUGGCCAUCAUGAACAAGGUUUCUGAAUCCAAUGGAGAGUUUUUUCUCAAGUCUUCUGAACUCUUUGAGAGUCCAGUGUAUUUGGAGGAAGCUGCGGACGUGCUUUGCAUUUUACAAGCAGAGCUUCCUUCCUUGCUUCCAAUAGUUGAUGUGGCUGAGGCCUUGCUACAUGUUCGAAAUGGUGCCUGGUUCUUAUGUCUUUUGGUGGCCAAUGUUCCUGAUAGUUUUAAUGAAGUUUGUAGGGGCCUGAUAAAAAAUGGAGAACGACAGGAUGAAGAAAGUCUUGGAGGAAGGCGUAGGACAGAUGCUUUACGCUACUUAUGUAAGAUGAAUCCUUCCCAGGCCCUCAAGGUCCGAGGCAUGGUGGUGGAGGAAUGUCACUUGCCAGGUCUAGGAGUGGCUUUGACAUUGGAUCAUACUAAAAAUGAAGCUUGUGAAGAUGGAGUGAGUGACUUGGUUUGUUUCGUUAGUGGUUUGCUUCUUGGAACAAAUGCCAAAGUCCGCACUUGGUUUGGAACUUUUAUCCGAAAUGGACAGCAGAGAAAGAAAGAAACCAGCAGUUCUGUUCUUUGGCAAAUGAGAAGGCAGCUUCUCCUGGAGCUGAUGGGCAUUCUUCCCACAGUAAGGAGUACCCGCAUUGUGGAGGAAGCUGACGUGGACAUGGAGCCCAAUGUGUCUGUGUAUUCGGGGCUGAAGGAAGAGCACGUUGUGAAAGCCAGCGCACUCUUACGUCUGUACUGUGCACUAAUGGGGAUCGCUGGACUCAAGCCAACAGAAGAAGAAGCUGAGCAGUUACUCCAGCUGAUGACCAGCCGUCCUCCUGCUACACCAGCGGGGGUUCGCUUUGUUUCCCUUUCCUUUUGUAUGCUGCUGGCCUUUUCCACACUGGUCAGUACCCCUGAGCAGGAGCAGCUGAUGGUGAUGUGGCUCAGCUGGAUGAUAAAAGAAGAAGCCUACUUUGAGAGCACUUCUGGAGUCUCUGCUUCUUUUGGGGAGAUGUUACUGUUGGUGGCCAUGUAUUUUCACAGCAACCAGCUCAGCGCAAUCAUUGAUUUAGUGUGUUCCACCUUGGGAAUGAAGAUUGUAAUUAAGCCAGGCUCCUUGAGCAGGAUGAAGACUAUCUUCACACAGGAAAUUUUUACUGAGCAGGUUGUCACAGCUCAUGCAGUUCGGGUCCCUGUUACAAGCAACCUGAGUGCCAACAUCACUGGGUUUUUGCCUAUUCAUUGUAUUUACCAGCUUCUCAGGAGUCGUUCCUUUACCAAGCACAAAGUGUCGAUAAAGGACUGGAUUUAUAGACAGCUCUGUGAAACCUCCACUCCGCUCCAUCCUCAGCUACUUCCUCUGAUCGACGUGUACAUAAAUUCUGUACUCACCCCUGCAUCUAAAUCCAAUCCAGAAGCUACUAAUCAGCCAGUCACAGAACAAGAGAUACUCAAUGUUUUCCAAGGAGUCAUUGGGGGGGACAACGUGCGCCUUCCUCAGCGUUACAGUAUCACAGCACAGCUAUUGGUGCUCUACUAUGUACUGUCUUACGAAGAGGCUCUACUAGCAAACACCAAGACUUUAGCUGCUAUGCAAAGAAAGCCCAAAUCGUACUCCUCGUCUUUGAUGGAUCAGAUUCCUAUCAAAUUCCUUAUUCGACAGGCUCAAGGGCUGCAGCAGGAGUUGGGAGGGUUGCAUUCAGCUUUACUACGUCUACUUGCAACUAACUACCCACACUUAUGUAUUGUGGAUGAUUGGAUCUGUGAAGAGGAAAUCACAGGGACUGAUGCUCUGUUAAGGCGAAUGCUCCUGACUAACAGUGCCAAAAGUCACUCUCCGAAACAACUUCAAGAAGCAUUUUCAGCUGUUUCAGUCAGUUACACGCAAGUGAUGCAAAUUGUAGAACACUUGACUCUGCUGUCGGCCAGUGAGCUCAUACCAUAUGCGGAAGUGUUAACAUCCAACAUGAGUCAGCUGUUGAACUCAGGGGUCCCCCGGAGAAUUCUCCAAACGGUCAAUAAAUUAUGGAUGGUUCUUAAUACUGUGAUGCCCAGAAGGUUGUGGGUAAUGACAGUAAAUGCACUUCAGCCUUCGAUAAAGUUUGUACGACAACAAAAAUAUACUCAGAAUGACCUGAUGAUAGAUCCUCUCAUUGUCCUACGGUGUGAUCAGAGGGUACACAGAUGUCCACCACUGAUGGAUAUUACUCUGCACAUGUUGAAUGGAUACCUUCUUGCAUCUAAAGCCUACCUUAGUGCUCAUCUGAAGGAAACAGCAGAGCAAGACAGGCCAUCCCAGAAUAACACAAUAGGCUUAGUUGGACAAGCUGAUGCCCCAGAAGUUACGAGAGAAGAACUGAAAAAUGCAUUACUGGCUGCUCAGGAUAGUGCGGCUGUUCAGAUUCUCUUAGAGAUUUGUUUACCUACUGAAGAGGAGAAAGCAAAGGGUGUGAAUCCAGACAGCUUGCUAAGGAAUGUUCAAAGUGUUAUUACCACCAGCACUCCAAGUAAAGGAACUGAAGAAGGAGAAGACAAUUUGCUCUGUAACCUUCGAGAAGUUCAGUGCCUUAUCUGUUGUCUGUUGCACCAAAUGUACAUUGCAGAUCCUAACAUUGCUAAGCUUGUUCACUUUCAGGGUUAUCCAUGUGAACUUUUGCCUCUGACAGUUGCAGGCAUCCCAUCUAUGCAUAUCUGUCUGGAUUUUAUUCCGGAGCUUAUUGCACAGCCAGAACUUGAAAAACAGAUAUUUGCCAUCCAGUUACUUUCUCAUUUAUGUAUACAGUAUGCAUUACCAAAGUCACUUAGUGUGGCUCGCUUAGCUGUCAAUGUCAUGGGAACUUUGCUAACAGUGCUAACACAGGCUAAGCGGUAUGCUUUUUUCAUGCCAACUCUGCCAAGUUUGGUCUCUUUUUGUCGAGCGUUUCCUCCGCUGUAUGAGGAUAUAAUGUCUUUGCUCAUCCAAAUAGGGCAAGUCUGUGCCUCUGAUGUCGCCACUCAGACAAGAGACAUCGAUCCAAUUAUUACACGUCUUCAGCAAAUAAAAGAGAAGCCAGGUGGAUGGUCUCAAAUCUGUAAAGAUCCAUCUUAUAAAAAUGGAUCCAGGGACACUGGAAGUAUGGAUCCUGACGUACAGCUCUGUCACUGUAUUGAAAGCACAAUAAUUGAAAUUAUAAACAUGAGUGUUAGUGGGAUUUAGAAAAAAUUAAAAGAAGCAGAAAGCAUAGCUGUUUGCUGCAUACACCCAUUAUGAAUCUGUGUUUUAUACAACUUUAAAGUGAAUGGAAACAGUAAUGUGUUGGAAUUGCUAAAACGAUUCAAUUCCACAUGCAUACAAUUUAGAGAAUUAUGCUUGCUUGUAAUUUGAUUGGCAUGUCUUUGAAUCUCCUUGGCUGGUAUGUUUAUAUCAUUGCAGCUGGGUUUUUUUUCCUCCGUUGGGAGCACAGAAACUCUUUACCAGAAAUGAAAUUUGGCCUUGUAUUUAGCUUUUGAAAUGAAGAAAGACUGCCAUGCCUUUAAUGUCUUAUGAAAAUGAGUGUAUGGGUAAUCCUAGUGUCUGCUUUAACUUUUACAUGAGCUUGUUAACACAGGAUGUUGGAGAUGGAAAGAUGGGAGAGACGAAAAGGGAUCAAGGGAGGAGAGAAUUCAGAAAAAUUCAAAGUGAAGUACUCAAGUUGAAAUUGUAGACUUGCAGCACAAGUUAACAGUAACAGUAAUGGGAUAUUAGGCUAAGAAACAGUCUGGAGAAGGCUUUCCAAAAGGCAAAUAGUUUUUAUAAAUGACUUCAUAGAAUAACAGAUGAGGAUUUAAAGAUUUUACAUAUUUACUUCAGUUCUUACUAAUAUAUGAAGCCAUACGUUUAAAGAGAUACUUGAAUAAUUUGGGACUGUAAGAAACUGACUUAAAAGUGUUUACAGAAACAUCUGUGCAAAGAAGAGCCUGAAGGGAGGUCUCAUUUAGUUUUAAUUUAUUUUUGUAAUGCUUUAUUAACUUAUCUAAUGCUCCGAGGGCAGGAAUAUAUAGCAAAUUAAAUGAAAUUUAAAGCAAUAAGACUCAUUGGAUUGAAGAGCUUUAGGCUUGUCAGCAGGAUUAUAAUUUCCAUUUACUUUGAGUAGAUUUUUGAGAAAAUAUAUAUACAAUGUUGGAACCUCAGGAAAAACUAAAAUGUGGAAAAUACUGUUUCACUGAAGGAUUUUGUAGUCCUCUGUUAGUAACUUCUGUUGAUUAGGUAGAUGCAUUCAGGUAACCCAUAAUCUUCACUUUUUUAAAAAUUAAAUAUCCAAUGCAGAAGGUAUUUCUCUUUGCUCUGAGAUAUACCUUGAUCACACACUCCCCCUUCCCCACUGAACUCAGAAUAGACCUCUUCACUUUCAAAGUCAGGAAGGUUGAUAACAAAGUGUUUUAUAAGGGAAAAAAUUUUAACUGCAGCCACUUCAUUUGCAAAUCAUCACAUCUCAUUUUCUUCUUUUGUAACAUGGGAUUAAUUACUGGCCCUAUCUCUAAGGGUAUUCUCUAAGAAUUAGUUUGUAGCUGUUUCAAAUCAUUAAAGUGCAUAGUAUCAGAUGUGACAGAGGUAUUUAUAACUUUUUAUUCGAUAAUUAGCAUUCAAUUAAGUAAUUUUGAUGUGAAAAUGAAAAUAUAUACUAAUAAAUCCCACAAGAAUUUCCGUAUUUUUGAACAAGGCUGUUUUGUAGUCCCUUAAUAGUAAAUACAAUCGCUCCUGUUUUGUUUUUAAAAUGAGGCCUUGAGAUACUUCAUGUGAAUAGGUUUACCCCAGCAGUUCUGGAAAGGCUGAAGUAUGUUUUCUAACUAAAUGCAGUACAAUUUCUCAAGGACCAAUUUUUUAAAGACUGGUCAAGACCUGCUGUGUGAAAAUAACAACAUGCGAUUUUUCAUCAGAUUUGUUGAUGAUGUAAAUAAAAUGUGUAAAUACAUUAGUAAAUGUUAAUAUUCAUGUAUUUUAAGUUAAAGUUAUAAAUUGUCACAAUGUGAUUUUUUAUUCAAGUAAAAACAGAUGUGUGCAGCUA